UAAAAUUUAAAUAUAAUACACUAUUAAUAAUUUAAACUCACUAAAACUCUUAAUAUAACUAUAUCAACUUGGUUUUUAGGAUGGACUACUCUGGGCUGUAGGGAUAAGUGUCCUAAGGAGGUGUCGUUCCUCGAGCUUGGUGGCACAAUGCCACAAACCAGUUGAUAGCAAAUUUAAUUAAUUAAUCCCUUAAUUGAUAAUACAUUACUUAAUUCACAUUUUUUUAAAAUUUACAACCAAUUAAAAUAAUCCAACAAAAUUGGUUAUCACUGGUAACCCAGGUCUACGAGGCUAUUAAGUUAGCCCCAAGGAGGGUGAAAUAAACCUCACGACCUCGGUGAGAAGAAAAGGUGGUAAUAAAUCAAAUACUAAAAUAAAACAUCUAAAAUCAAUCCUAAAAUAAUAAUAUAUAAACUUUAAUUAAAAUUUUCCUUUUGCCCAUUAACAAAUCAAAUGCAAGCAACUCUAAUUAAACCAUCCUAUAUAGAACAUACCUAAAAUUACACAACCUACUACACACACAUUUAGACUUAUUUGUUAGGACACGACUUCUAGUUCUAGGUUAGACCAGUAUUUUGUUUUAUUAUUCAAUGUUUACUACAUGCAAAUGUUUUAUAAAUGCUAAUCAUGAAUUUCUUAUUAGUUAUAUUUUUAUUUAUCUACACUUCUUUUCUGAAUGAUAUCUACGCUCAUAUGUAUAUUUCUCUUUUAUCUUAUUUUGCGAGGUACUUUGGGUCUUGUAAGGUCAAGAAUCAAGUGAUAUCAUUUGCUUAAGAGCUUUUAAGUGGUCACGCCAUAGUCAGGGUUCAAAAGCUCGUAAAUCAAACGAAGUUGCAUUCCCCGCUAAAACAACACCGAUUGGAAAAACCAGCAAUUUCCUCUUCUCCUGAGCCAAGAAGCCUAGCAUCCAAGAAGCGAAGAAGAAGAAACCCUCCAUGGAACCUCCUGCUCAAAUCCCCUGUUCCGGCAAUUGCCUCGUCCACCUACACUCCUUCUCCGGCAACGUCUGGCUGGUCCGCCGCAUCAACAUUUUACGGCAACAUCUUCUCCCCGGCAGCAUUAUCCGUUUCCCGUUCACACGACCCAAUCACCCGCCAACUUUCCUUUCCCUCAUAGAUAUCCUCACCUUACAUUUCCAAGAUAGGAAAGCCGCCAUGGAACGCCUCGGCCACCGAGCCCAAAACUUCGUCGCCAUCAUCCCCGCUAGCAGCAACACCUCCCGCUAUCAAUCACAACUCUCCGCCGCCGCCACUGCUGCCGGACUGAACAUUCUCUUUUUCAUCGAAGCUCCGGUUCUUGCCGCCUCCUAUUACAAAUCUCUCACCCCAGGCCACAGAACCAUCCUCGUAUUUGACCUCGACGUUCACAUCUUCGAAGUCUCUUUGCUCACCGAAGAUGAGAAUCUAAAAGUGAAGGCUGCCGUUUCCGACUUGGGCUGCCCACUCUUAAACUACAUGGUUUCAGAGAUACAACGGAAGCUUGGAAUCGACAUCAGCGGCGACGCUACCGCUCUCCGUUGCAUCGGAGAGUCCUGCGAACGCGCCAAGGACUCCAUCUGUUCGGGCAUGGCUGGUGUGGACCUUGAGUUUGAGCAACAAGGCAGGAAGGUGCCAAUACGGAUUACUCGAGAAUUGUUGGUGUUGCUGAAUCUUAGGCAUCUUCACAUCGGAAUCAUAAUGUGCUUGAUGCAAGCCGGAGUCAGGCGAGAAGCCGUGGAUGAGAUAGUGCUCGCCGGAGCUUCCGCUAAAAAACCAGAGGUCCUAGAAGCUCUUCGACAGUGCUUUGAAAGGCAGAUUUUCAGAUGUAACAUCGACCCUGCAAAGCUUAUUGAGUUGAGUGCCAUGCAAUACUUACGAAAAGUCUCCGCUAGGUACAAUAAUAUCCCUAUGUUCGGCCUUAGGAUCGUACAAUCGGGGAUUUUCACUCUAUGAGGUUUCUUCUCCUUUAUUCUUCGAAGUUCUUGUUAAUGCUGCACUAGUCCACAAUAUUACACAAUUUCAAUAAAAAAUUCUUCUUCAUUAUUUUUUGAAGUUCUUGUGAAUGCUGUAGUCGUAUGCAAUAUU